AUGUCACGUGAGACCUUCGCAUGGUGGAUCCAGAAUUCGAUAUACUAUCCGGUUCAUGCAAGCUACGGGUACCCACGAACUACCCACGGGCUCAAAUAUGUAAUAUCGCUUCAUUUAGAUCGGGGCGAUGAUCCAAGUGGGAAAUCGUCAAACUUUAACCUUGGUUAUAAUAAAGAAACCAUCUUAUGA